AUGAAGUCUGGUGAUAGAAAGAAAAUUAAAAAGCCUAAGAAUAGAAAGAAACCGUCUGUUAAACCCAAAAAAGAGAAGGUCUUGAUAGUCGCCCAAGAGUUUAAGUUCGCAAAGUUGUUGUCAGGAAAUGAGAAAACUACACGUGAUCGUGUGCUAAAAACAUUGAAACGAUGGCUCCUAAAUUGCUUUUCAAAAAAUUAUGUAUUCAAAGAAGGAGACUUUAUCCGUGUCUGGAAGGGAUUGUUCUAUGCUGUAUGGAUGUCUGAUAAACCUUUGGUGCAGGAAGAUCUAUGUGAAAGUAUUUCACACAUAUUAGACCUUUUCCCAAAUGAGCAGUUCAAAUACGCUUUGAUGAUGACCAGAGUUGGGUUCAAAGUGCUCGCUAUGGAGUGGUAUGGAUUGGACCAGCAUCGAAUGGAUAAAUUUCUUAUGUUGGUGCGUCGGUACUUAAGGGGCAGUUUCCGUUGUCUUCUGAGACAAGACUGGGCUGUUGAUGCUUGUCAAGCUUAUGGAAAUAUGCUUUCUUCAGAAGAUGGUAUAUUAGCAGUCAAAACUCCAUUCUAUGCGAGGAAUGGUGUCUCAUUAAUAUUUCACAUCACUGAAUGUUAUUUAGAGGAGUUAUCAAAGGUAUCAAAAGGCAAGAUCCCAGAUGAGAGCCUUUUAGAACUAUUAGACCCUUUUCUUAAGCAAGUGUGUGUUGGGGAAGACAGUGGAGUGUGCGUAUCCAGUCGGCGUCUUUUGAAUGACCUGCUGAAACAGAGCGAGCUUGGCUUGCAGUAUGCUGGGGCGACCAACGCCUGGAAGGAGAUGGGCUGCCCCCCAGAAGGACCGGAUGCCUUUGAGCUGGUCUCUGAUGAAGAGACAGAAGAUGCAGCUACUGAAAAUGACAAUACAGAUAGCGGCCCGUUAGAUCCUCGCGCGGGCAGAGUCAACGUGGUUCUCGAGCCGUUGCCCGUGCCAGCGCAGCUGAUCGCCGAAAGGAUCCGCACGCACAUGUCCAAAUCGACCUCCAAGGCUUACAAAAGAGCCGACAUGUGCCUCAAGAGGUUCGAAAAGCUGUUAAAUAACGACUAUCCCUUGAAGAUUAAGGUACAAGAACCAGAAGCGAAGCCUCAGCGUGGUUCAGGAACGAAGGCGGCCGUUUCUCUUAUCGCUCUUGAAAAGUCGCUCGUACAGAGCUCGGAUGAACUUGCACUAAGAGGUCUCAGCCGAAAGCACAGAAAGCGUUUGCUCGCAAAAUCACGUUCCGGUCUAAGUAUUGUCGAAGAUGCAGAAUUAAAUGAAAGUAACAAGGAUAUAGAAGCCGACUCAAAUGAUGAAGAAGACAAAGCUCAAAAUAGAAAACGUAAAGUUAAAGGAUCGGCAAAAAUUGCUAAGAAACCUAAACUAGAUAAAGCAGAGAAAGAAAACAAUACAAAUGAGAAAAGGAAAUCGCUCAACAAAAAGCAAGAAGUAAAACUUUGUGAUAAACCAAAAGUUGAAACUGCUAAAAGAAAUAAAGUUCUUGUUAAUAAAGAAAGUAAAGUUAAUAUGAAUAUUAAAAUUAAGACUAAGGCUAGUAUUAACGGCGUCGCCGGACCUAAAGUAGAUUUAGCCACUAAAACAGACACCGCAUUGACUAAAUGUGAUAAAAAAGAAACAACAAUAAAACAAAUAAAUAGCCAAAAUCAAAAAGACACAGUGAAUAGUAAAAAUAAGACUAAAGCAAGUAUAGGUGCUCCUGCUGAGCCUAAAGUGGAUAAGAAAGGAUUAGCUCAAAAACAGACAAAUAGCCGGAAUCACGAAAACAACAAUAAAAAUAAAAAUCAACCUAACGGAAAGACCAAGGGUUUCACUAAACCGGCGAACGAGAAGAAGGUGAAUCUAGACUCUCCAAAAAAAGUGAAAUUUGUCCUGAAGAAUAACUGUAAGCAAGGCACCGUGGACUACUAUAAAAGUGUCAGACAGAGUCCUGACAUACCUUUCGACAGUAACAAGAAACCGGACAAGGCCAACUUGAAGCCUGGCACGCCGUCGCCCAUCAAUCCAUUCUUCAAGAAGAAACUGAGACUGCGGCGCUGA